AUGAAGGGCCCAGGAUGCACAACACCCAAAACACACACCACAACAAUCACCACAACCACCAGCACACCGACACCUACACCAACAAGCACAACAACAACCAGCACACCAACACCUACACCAACAACAACUACUACGACUACUACAACAACACCUUCUCCUUCCUCGACACCUUCGUGCACACUUGAAUGCUCUUGGUCUGACUGGAUGGACUUUGGGCCUCCUACAACUGGUCCUAAUGGUGGUGAAGUUGUCCCAAUUGGAAAAAUAAGGCAGACUUAUUCAAAGAUCUGUUCCACUCCACAAAAUGUUGAGUGUAGAGCAAAACUCUACCCUUCUUUGCCGCUCUCACAGUUGGGUCAGAUAGUGACUUGUAAUGCUCAAGAAGGACUCAUUUGUCUAAACCAAAACCAAGGACUUCAACAGCAGUGCUUUGAUUAUGAAAUUCGAGUGUCUUGUUGUGAAAUGAAGGGCCCGGGCUGCACAACACCCAAAACACACACCACAACAACCAGCACACCGACACCUACACCAACAAGCACAACAACAACCAGCAAACCAACAACCAGCACACCAACACCUACACCAACAACAACUACUACGACUACUAUAACAACACCUACUCCUUCCAUGACACCUUCGUGCACACUUGAAUGCUCUUGGUCUGACUGGAUGGACUUUGGGCCUCCUACAGCUGGUCCUAAUGGUGGUGAAGUUGUCCCAAUUAGACAAAUAAGGCAGACUUAUCCAAAGAUCUGUUCCACUCCACAAAAUGUUGAGUGUAGAGCAAAACUCUACCCUUCUUUGCCGCUCUCACAGCUGGGUCAGAUAGUGACUUGUAAUGCUCAAGAAGGACUCAUUUGUCUAAACCAAAACCAAGGUCUUCAACAGCAGUGCUUUGAUUAUGAAAUUCGAGUGUCUUGUUGUGAAAUGAAGGGCCCAGGAUGCACAACACCCAAAACACACACCACAACCACCAGCACACCGACACCUACACCAACAAGCACAACAACAACCAGCACACCAACACCUACACCAACAACAACUACUACGACUACUACAACAACACCUACUUCUUCCUCGACACCUCCGUGCAUGCUUGAAUGCUCUUGGUCUGACUGGAUGGACUUUGGGCCUCCUACAACUGGUCCUAAUGGUGGUGAAGUUGUCCCAAUCAGAAGGAUAAGCCAAACCUAUCCAAAGCUGUGUUCCUCCCCACAACAAGUUGAAUGUAGAGCAAAACUCUACCCUGCCCUGCCGCUCUCACAGUUGGGUCAGAUAGUGACUUGUAAUGCACAAGAAGGACUAAUUUGUCUCAACCAGGACCAAGGUCUUCAACAGCAGUGCUUUGAUUAUGAAAUUCGAGUGUCUUGUUGUGAAAUGAAGGGCCCGGGUUGCACAACACCCAAAACACACACCACAACAAUCACCACAACCACCAGCACACCGACAACGACACCAACAAGCACAACAACAACCAGCACACCAACACCUACACCAACAACAACUACUACGACUACUACAACAACACCUUCUCCGUUCUACACAACUCCAUGCUUACUUGAAUGCUCUUGGUCUGACUGGAUGGACUUCGGGCCUCCUACAACUGGUCCUAAUGGUGGUGAAGUUGUCCCAAUUAGAAGGAUAAGCCAGACUUAUCCAAAGCUCUGUUCCUCCCCACAACAAGUUGAAUGCAGAGGAAAACUCUACCCUGCCCUGCCGCUCUCACAGUUGGGGCCCGGGCUGCACAACACCCAAAACACACACCACAACAACCAGCACACCGACACCUACACCAACAAGCACAACAACAACCAGCAAACCAACAACCAGCACACCAACACCUACACCAACAACAACUACUACGACUACUAUAACAACACCUACUCCUUCCAUGACACCUUCCUGGGGCCCGGGCUGCACAACACCCAAAACACACACCACAACAACCAGCACACCGACACCUACACCAACAAGCACAAUAACAACCAGCAAACCAACAACCAGCACACCAACACCUACACCAACAACAACUACUACGACUACUACAACAACACCUACUCCUUCCUCGACACCUUCGUGCACACUUGA